GACAUGAUGAUAUUCAGGACAACUCCCCGCACGCUCUAGACCUCCAUACCCUCGGGUUAAGAUUAACUUUGGGAUUUGCCUUUUGCUUGCGGCUCUUUUAUACCUGUAAAGCCAUUUCCGGCUCGUAUCCAUAACAUAGCUAUUGAUCCUUUCCAUCCCGCCUUGAAGUCAGUCUAGCGAGAGUCCCUUCCUUCCAUCGCUUCCAGUCAGUCCCAUUGGCUUUCACUUGAUUAGACUUGGGAUACUUGUUCUGCUUUCUCAAUCGCCAGCAUGUCACAGGAGAAGGAAUUCGUCCCUGAUGUUAAGCACGAUGCGGAGGCUCCACAGGUCGUGGAGGACCUGCACAAGACGAUGACGGUGGACACGAUCCAUGGUGAUGAGGCCAUGAAAGUCCUGGCGGCCUACCGCGGCGAGGAGACAUGGACAGAGCAGGAGGAAAAGAGCCUCAGGCGCAAGAUCGACCUGAAGCUGAUGAGCAUCCUUUGUAUGACUUAUGGUCUUCAGUACUACGAUAAGGCUAUGCUGUCUCAAGCUGCACUCUUUGGAUUGCGAGAUGAUUUGGAUCUCAAUGUUGGAGAUCGGUACUCCUUUUCUGCCGCAAUUUUCUAUCUCGGUUUCAUCGUCGGCAGCUAUCCAGCCAUCGUAAUGGCACAACGAUGGCCAAUCGAGCGUGUUGCAGCUGGCAUUGUAAUUCUCUGGGGCGCUUGUUUGAUGUCGACAGCUGGUUGCUCAACGUGGCGACACCUAUACGUGCAGCGCUUCUUCCUCGGCUUUCUCGAGUCGGGCAUCUCUCCGAUGUUCAUGUUGGUAGUUGGCGGAUGGUAUAAGAAGGAUGAACAGGCAUUGCGAAUGGGCUGGUGGUACUGCUGCACCGGCUACGUCUCCAUUGUGUCCCCCCUGAUCAACUACGGACUGGGCCAUAUCAAGGGGGGUAGUUUGAACUCAUGGCAGUACAUGUACCUCGUUGCUGGUGCAAUCACGAUUCUCUGGGCUUUCUGCAUCUACUUCUUCAUGCCUCCAGACCCAGUUCGUGCCAAGGGUUUCACCGACCGCGAGCGGUAUAUUGCCGUUGCGCGCGUCCGAUCCAACAAUACCGGUGUCCGCAACACGCAUUAUAAGAUGGACCAGGUCGUCGAUGCGCUCACCGACAUCAAAUUCUGGAUCAUGUUCGCCAUGGCUUUCCUAAUCAUGAUCGCGAACGGACCCGUGAGCACCUUCAUUCCCAUCAUUAUCUCCGGCUUUGGCUAUAGCACCCUCAACUCGUUGCUCCUUACUAUGCCGGCGGGGGUCGUUACCGGUACGAUCGAGUGGGUGGUGCCGUACAUUGCUUAUAAGGUCCCCGGCACUCGAAGCUACCUUAUUGCUGUGUGCCAGAUCGGCACCAUUGUUGGCAGCUUCUUGCUUUGGCUCCUGCCGCGCGACCAAAAGGGUGGCCUCCUGGUUGGUGUCUACAUCCUGGCGUCGUUUGGGGGUGGUUAUGCCGUCCAAAUGGGACAACAGAUUGCCAACACUGCUGGAUAUACCAAGCGAAGUAUCACCAGCUCCGGAAUAUUCAUGGGAUAUUGCUUAGGAAACGUUGUCGGACCCCUAGUGUUUAAGCCAAAGGACGCCCCACGCUAUGGCCCGGGUUUCAUCGUUGUGCUGGUUACUGCCAUCGUCGCAGCGGGAUUGUCGAUUGUCUAUCGGCUUGUGUGCAUGUGGGAGAACAAGCGCCGAGACUCGAAGGGUAUUGAAGCAUUUGAGCAUGCUUACGACGAUGACCUCACGGACCGGAAGAAUCCGCAAUUCCGAUACCAACUGUAGAAAGGCAUGGGGAGCGAAAUCAAAUGUCCAACUAUUUUUAUGCGACAAAUCGUUGUCUCG